ACACCCGUGUGUCGACUAUCGAGUCACUUCUCAGUGGUAAUAGCCGCUGUCUUUAACGCUGCGCUGAACCGUUGCUGGACGUGCUAACUGGUGAUCUGUAUGUAUCGCUACUUCUAAAGCCAGUCGCGAGCAUCCGCAAGCUGAUUGUGACGACACCGUCGCGCUCUUUGUGCGCUUCAUGUCACUUACGAUCGCUUAACCACCAUUGCGCAAGUGGUGAUCAGUCGGUUGAGAAGCUCAAGCGCUCGACUGUAUCUCUUCCUCUCGCAAAUAUCGCUCGCAUCUUAAGCGCUGUGACAGCUACGGCAUAUCGGAACUCUCAGUGGAUCCUUUCUUCAGCCGAUUGUUGCUCGUUGCCCACAUCGUUGUCAACGUACAUUAAUUAACAUCGUCGUAACGAAAUUUCGACUCGGUUGCCUCUGAUUUGACGGCGUGCGUGUUAUCCUGUGCUUCCUCUAUUCCCCCUUCUUUGUAGUUCUACCUGUUUCUACUGCUUCGUUUCUCGGUGGAUUCUACCCUACAGCGAGCCGACAGCAAAUAACGAUCGAGGGAUUUCGCUUGCGACGAAGACCCUACUACAGUGACCGUAUUAUUAGGUGCUGGAAGAAAACCACUGAGGGGCGACCUGCUACCGAGUCGAAAGCAGAUUGCUACCAACGGUGUGAUCAUCACCAACCAAGUGUAUACCUGUGAUGUAUUAACGUACAAAAACGGGACAACGAAUGUCGUAUAGCUAAGAUUGAAGUCUGUAAAAAUAUCCAACGAUAGCGUCAACAGCAGCAGCAGUAGAGAGUGCAUCGUUAGAGAACUGCUGCUACCGCAAAACGUGUAACGCACAAAGUGUAGUGCAGUCAGGAAUCACUUAGUCUGUCGGAUCGCCGCGCUGGUUGUUGUGAAGGUUUUUCAUCAUUCAUCGCUAUACAGAAAGGAAUUUUUGGCGCGUUCGAAGAACCCACGAUUUGAAUUUCGCGAUUAUCCGAGGAAUAGCAGUUGUGUGAAGUAUUUUUAACUUUGUAGGCAGUUAACGAUCGUUGACAGAUAAACAAUAAUGAAGGUUCUCACAGGAUUACUUCUUGGCGUCCUAGUUGGCAGUGCGGCCAGCGAAUCUACCGAAGAAUUUCGGUUCACGAGCGAACCGCAAACGAUUCAGGCAACAGUUGGUCAAAAGGUUGUACUGCCAUGCGACUACGAGGUGGAUAAAACAUCUGUAGACGCUGCCAAGCAGAUCCUUCGGUUAUGGUUCUUCGAAAAGUCCGUUCUCUUCGUCGACUCUACGCCGUUAUUCAAGAGAGACAACUUCAAUGUCCAAGGAAACAACCUCGAGGUGAUGGUAACAGGACCUGAAACGGUAGGCGAAUUCUCAUGCCGUUUAAGCGUCGCAAAGGAAGUCGUUCUCACCCAUCACAUCCAACUUCUUGGCCCCCCAACAAUCGAUGUCGACGCCGACGUAUUGCAAGCCAAAGAAGGUGGAACAAUCUACAUCCACUGUCGCUCCAACUCGGUUCCCCAGCCGACCAUUACCUAUACGAAGGAAGGCUCCAACGUUGACCUUAGCUCAUUUGUAAAGCAUGGCGCUCUUCAGAUAGGUGACGCGACCCGUAAUAAUGCCGGCGUAUACGUCUGUACGGCAACGAACGGUUACGAACCCGAUGCAGUGAAGAAAAUCACUGUAAAUUACGUCGGCCGACCGGACAUCAACGUCACCGUUCAAUGGAAGAAUCUUCAGGAUAAGGAAAAAAAGAGUGUCGAAAUCACUUGUAAAUUCGCUUCCGAGGACAACACUACAAUCACCUGGCGUAAAGGCGGCAGCGAAGAGGUGCAAGACUCGGAGCAUUAUGAGACCAGCAAGGAGGCCGAUGUUUCGAUCUUAAGAAUUCGACAAAUCACUAAGGAACUCUUUGAUAACUAUACCUGCAUUGCCACCAAUAAGAUAGGCGAAACUCGUGGCACUGUUGAAAUCUCAUCGGUUCCGAUUAAGCCAACAAUUAGUCUGGUGGCGUCCGAUGUCAAAGCCAACGUUGUUGUGUCUACAGUUUCACCGUACCGCGUACGACUCUUCCAGUUAACGCUUAAGGGAAAGGUUGGCGAGCCCCGAGUGAUUGAAUUUCCCGUACCGUCGAACGAGAUCGCUGGCGCUGAUGGCAAAUACGAACUCCGUGAUCUGGUUUCUCAGCUGACGCCCAACUCAGAAUACGAAGGCUCCGUGAUCGCUAUCACCGAAAAAGAGGAAAGCUCAGCCCCAGAGCGAUUCACGUUCCGCACGCAGUCAACAGUGAUUACCUCGGCUAGCGAUUCGGUUAAAAUCCACAGCGUCAUUUGGCUUCUGAUCGGUUUCGUCAUGUUACGAGCAUAAACGUGGACGGAUUAAUUUUACCUCGUCUCUACCUAACUUUUAGCCUACGUCGCUACUGCAGGCUGAGCGAGUUACGAUGAUCAGGACAAUUAUAAAAUGCCGUUACCUUAUAGCGACAAUGACUAUUACUUCUACUAGUACCGAUAUAUGCGCUACCAUGAAAAAUGGUUUGACGCCAUUCAGGUGUCUUUGAUAAAAGCAGUCUAAUGACUGAGUUGUGCAGUUGGAUAGCUUAAGACCAAGCAACAACAUAGAGAACCGUGUCUAUGAAUGAUAGAAAUGCCAGACAAACCAAGAACGAUUUGAGUGACAGCUUCGACUUCAGUCGACGCGAGACGCGAGGACUGGGCGGCACCAUGUGCUGGACAGCGUCUCUUUGCAAUGGAAAAACUCAGGUGGAAAUGCUUCUACAACAAUAUGGGAUCAUCGUGAGUAUAGAAGAAAAACCAAAACCACCUUUACGAUCAUACUGAUCAAAACCAGCAAAUGAUUGAAAAAGGUGAACAAAGCACAGGAUGUGGGAUGGCAUGAAAAGGGAAGACGACGACAAAUAAUGAAACGAGUCUGUAGACUUAAUGUAAAUAAUUAUUUUUUGUUCACACAAAAAUAAGUUUUUUCGCACACUUUCUGUUUGUAUACCCUUGCCCUGCCGCGAGCGAACGCAUACCAACCCUCUCUGCCCCAAAAAAUCUUGACCGUAAUAACAAUAAAAAAAUAUAUAUAUAUAUAUAUAAAAUGAAUAAAUAUAUGCAGCAUAUGGAUCGCCGUUGUAUCCCUAUCGUCUAACCAGCACUAGACAGAAACAAUUAUGAUAAUAAUAGUAAUACGAGGAAUGCAGCAAUUGCCUUCGUCAUGCGUCCUCUCUCGUUUUGACGUGAUAGGAUCAGCGCCAUCUCAGGGUAACACAA